AUGUUCGAUUUUAAGAACAAGAAGGGUGGGCGCGCGGCGACUACGACCUUGCCUUCCACCACCAACACGUCUGAUGCUACUCUGCGUAGCCCACUAGAACGGGUGUUCAAAAUCGGCAAAGCCAUAAAGUACUCAUUAUCUACUACCCUGGGCCGCAAAACUUCUGAAGAGCCGUCCUUGACGAAUCAGUCGAACUCUCCAAUUCGUCUACCAAGCGACACGCCGACAGCCACGACGGGUUCUUCUCACACUUCAGAAGCCUGCAAUACUGAUCCAAACUCACCAUCGUCUUCAAAGUCAACGGCUGCAACCGAACAUUCUCUCCCACGUCUUAGCUGCGGCGAGAACUUCUUCGUGCCAGGCAUCUCUCUUUCUCCCGAACUGCGUUCGGAUCCAGAGCAAUCACCAAUCCAGAAGCAAGACAGCCUGUCUGUGCACUCGCCGGUACUUAUCGCCUGCGAGGCCCCAUCAAAUACCGUGAUCCAAACCGAAGGCGAGAUCUCUGCGAAGCCAAAGCAGCUUCCCGUGAAGAAAGAAAAGACACUUCGUUUGCCAGGCUGUCUGAAGGCUUUCUGGAAGAAGAUCGCUUUCACGCAACAUAGGGCCUCCCGACCCUCCAACUCCGGUUCAAACAAGCCAAAACACAAUGACGCCGCUAUUGACUCGGGUACAUUUCCUGGUGCUAACAAGGACAAGCAUUGUCAAAGCGCGAAUACCAAUAAAGACGUUUCAGAUGAAGGUGACGGCCCGCGUUGCGACUUCAAGACGAUUGAGGCAAUUCCCGAUGCAAAGUACCGCGAACUGAUCAAGGCCUGCGAUCUUUCGUCUUCUCCCACCACUACUGUUGACGUAGUGCGCCGUGCGAAAGGCACUUUCAAUGCAGCGACUUUCGUCACUGUUUGUGAAGGCGAGCAGACUCGCAAGUACGUUGUCCGCGUGCCUGGCCACGGUACGCGCGCACACUGGCAGGAGGAAGACUCCUACGUGCUGAAGAACGAAGCUCAGCUAAUCGAGUACAUUCGCAAGAAUACAAACGCACCUGUCGCACAGGUCAUUGACUACUCCACUGGACACGACAACGCGCUUGGUUUCCCGUACAUCUUAAUGACGAUGUUACCCGGCACGCCUGCGAACAAUAUCUGGUUUCCAGAAGAUUAUCCCUCCGUCGAUAAUGAGCUUUUCCAACAUGCGGAUGUCCCGCCUCCCCAUAUCGAAAAGAAGCGUCUCAAGUUCCUACGCUCUUUGGCACGGGUAAUGAUUCAGAUUCAGACCCUUAAAUUCGAGGCCAUUGGAGCACCUAACUUCGACGACGACGGCAAUUUCAUUGGUAUUGGACCCACGUGCCACUGUACAUACGAAGAUGGCGAUGAGGUUUUCAAGCGUCCACCGGCUGCUACAACUGAGGAGUACAUUCGAGCCCGCUUUGGAGCCAAGAUAAGACAGAUGAGUGCUGACAACAUCGAACGCCUAUGCAACGAAACAUGGGAAGAAGACGAUGGGCGUGAAGAACGUGGCGUCCGAGACAUCCUCUACUUUAUCUUCUAUCACCAGUCGGUAUUCCGCGGGCAGCCUGGCGAGACUUUCACCCUCCAUCACGAUGAUCUAGAUCUGCAGAACAUUCUUUGCGACGACGAGGGCAACGUCACAGGUAUCAUCGACUGGGACAACGCGAUGGCAGCACCACGCUGCAUCGGCGCCACAGCCGUCCCCAUGUUUCUCCGAAGCGAUUGGUUUCCAGAAUACACAUUUGGCCUCGAUAAAUCACCGUACAUGGCAUGGAACCACGAACAUUACCGCGAAAUCUACGCCGCCGCCAUAGAAGAAGCCAGCGAUGCCGAAAACGCAGAAUUCACGCUCAAGUCGGGUCUCUACCAAGCCGCUAUCGCCGCAGUAACCCAAGGUGGGUACGCAGAGGGCCUCAUAGACAAGUUACUCCGCGAGAUACCUCAUUGUCGUUUGAAUUAUUGGACGUUCAUUAGGGGGCUGGGUCGGGGUGGCUGGGUAUCUGCGGAGAACUUGCUCAAAACGCAUUUUGCGCGCAUCUUCGAGCCCGUUAUGCCGCCUGAGGGUCUUCUUGAGGCACUGGAUCAGGAGCUGGAGAUGCAGACUACUUGGUGGUCGUGCUGUGAUGAGCUGCUCGAUCUUUACGAGGCUGAGAAGGAGGGGAACGGCGAUGAAGAGGAGGACGGUGCUGAGGAAGCAGAGCAUGAUACCGCCGCCGUCUCAGGUUGA